CUGCUCGAUUGUACGGUGGCGUGAAAAGUGCAGCUAGGUCGGCAAUACCAAGUGAGCCGCAGUGUUUGUUCCGUUUUGUUUGAUAUUUUCCUUCACUAACCGACUGUUCCUCGCUCGCUUCGAAAGGGAAAAACUGUGCAUCCUCCGUCGAUCGGUGAUUUUCCCCCUGGAGUGCAAGUGUCCGCUGCGGGGUAAGGUAGGAAAUACCACCAAGCGGCCGAAUUUGUGAAAGAAGCACACCACCAGGGUAGCGCUCCUGGAGUACUCGCGUUGGAUUCGAAGAGGGUGAAGAUGGUUCUAGCGGAGCGAACAGCGGAGGCAGGCGUGCGGAAUGGGAAGCGAUCGCGAGGCCCAAGCCCUAACGGUCAUGCGGGUGCCGCGGUGGUCAGCACUUCCGGCGCGGCCGGUGGCGCUACCGACUCCAGCUCGGACGACGAAAACUCUCGCAAAAAUGGCAACUCUUCGAAGGCAACAAAGACCAAAAGCGAAUACGAAGAGAAAAUCCGCGUAGGCCGUGACUAUCAGGCCGUCUGCCCUGAGCUUGUAGCGCCGAACGAGCGCAAACCGGAACAGCUGAACGAUCGAGCGCUGCUUGUAUGGUCCCCGACAAAGGAAAUUCCUGACAACAAAUUGGAAGAAUAUAUCACCGUCGCUAAAGAAAAGUAUGGAUACAACGGUGAGCAGGCCCUGGGGAUGCUGUUCUGGCACAAGCAUGACCUCGAGCGAGCCGUCCUGGACUUGGCCAACUUUACACCCUUCCCGGACGAGUGGUCCGCCGAGGAUCGGGUUCUGUUUGAGCAAGCGUUCCAGUUCCACGGGAAGAGCUUUCAUCGCAUCCGGCAGAUGCUUCCCGAUAAAUCAAUUGCAAGUUUAGUGAAGUUUUACUACUCAUGGAAAAAGACCCGUAGCCGAACGAGCGUUAUGGAUCGGCAGGAAAAAAUGAAAAAGAACGACAGCUCGGAGAAUGGCAGUGACCACGGAAGCAACGAAGAGUCAGACAAUGAGGACAAGCCUUCGUCGAACAGUUCGGCAGCGGGAACGAACAGUGGCAGCGCCGGGAAUAACAACCCGAACACUCCUAACAGUGGUGCGGGUGGUGGUAGUGGCAAAAGCAAUGAUGCCGAGAACGAAACCAAUGGCAGUAGUUCCGGCCCUGCCGCUGGUGGAGCGACCAACGAGGGGUCACUCAACUGCGCCGGAUGCGGGGUGACGUGCAGCGAAUUGCAUGCGUCAUCGCAUGGCAAGCUCUGUGGCAGUUGCCACCAUCACUGGAGACGCACCGGCGUGCUACGUCCAACGACCGGACCGUCCUUUAUGAACAAACGUACACGGGGCUCGAACAUCCUGGGCAAAAGUGGCGACAGCCACAAGCGCCGCCCGCCCAAGGGCAUGUACAUUAACCACGACGACAUCGUGAAGCUUGCCAGCUCUGCCCAGAACAACGAAGGUGGUACCGUUGGCAGUCACGGUGGCGUUAAGAAGGUUGUCCAAAAUAACGACCUGUUGGCCAGCAUGGAUCGGGAAAUCGUUUCACUCUUGACUCAAAUUCAGAACAACAAACAAAAGUCCAGUGGACUCAAGCGCAAGAUAGACGAUGUGCUGGAGGAACUGAAGCCACCGGAAGUGAGCUCCGUCCGUUUAAACUCCCGUUGGAACAACGAGGAGCUAAUGCUAGCGGUGCAAGGUGUUCGAAUGUACGGGCGAGAUUUCCAGGCCAUUGCGGACACACUCGGUUCGAAAACCGAAACGCAAGUGCGCACUUUUUUCAUGAACUAUCGGCGCCGAUUUAAUCUGGACGCUGUGCUGAAGGAAUUUGAAGCCACUAACUCGAAACAAACGCAAGAGGUGCUGGGCAGCACGAAAGAAUCGCUAGACCAGUCGAAAGAUUCCACCGAGAUGACGUCGGACGCUACCGGUGGUAGUAAUGGUGGUGCGACUGGUGCUCCGGCUGCUGCAAGCACUGGCGGUGACACCGAAGGGACCGCCGAGCCACCGAACAGACAAGACCAUUCCGUCGAUAAGGACAAGCAAGAGAAAUCGGUGUCGCCGGGCGGAGAUGUGGAAAUAAUGGAAGUGAAAUGAAGAAACACAGAAAUCGAACCAUCACAACCAGUCACAGCCACUGGAACGGAGCGAAACGGACAUUCUAACCAUAUGUUCGGGGAGUCCAGCUGGGCGAGUAGAAUUGGUUUCGUAGUGCAUUUUCGUUAGUAUAAGUUAGGAUGUAAAUGAUGGGAAAGCAGCUGGUACCACAGAGGAUGAAAUGAUAAACAUGGACCUCAUUCGUUGUCCCCGUUCUCUGUCCCUAAUAUUCUUUCGCACUCUCGCUCUCUCUCUCUAUAUUUCUCUUCUAAUAAAUUGAUAAAAAUGAGUGGAUGAAAUUGAA